AAAGCAAGUUUCUCCCACUUACAAUUGGCCCAAAAAGCCCAAAUAUAUGCCAAUCCCGAAAAAUUACGGGCCGCCACUUAGGCAUCACUCACUUACUUGCAUUCAUUUUCGUCACCAUUCUACAGUUCUGUUUCCGUUACUUGUAACUACCGAACGAACAGAAAGAUAAACCCUAGCUAGCAAGCGUAGCCAUAGACAUGAACUGGAAGCUCCUUCGCAAAAUUGCGAUUGAGUUUGGAACCACAAACAGAUCAUACUACACAAGCAGAACCAAGAAGCCAAGUCUCUACUCCAAAAUCAGUCCUCUCGGUAAUCCAACUACAAACAUCGUUCCUGAGCUCGACGAUUGGAUCUACAAGGGAAACAAAGUUUGCGUCGGAGAGCUUCAGCGCAUUGUUCGUGAUCUUCGAAAGCGUCGUAGGUUCAAUCAAGCUCUCCAGGUAUCUGAAUGGAUGAAUAAGAAUGGUUUGUGCAUAUUUUUGGCAACUGAACACGCGGUGCAUUUGGAUCUUAUUGGUAAAGUUCACGGAUUUGUUUCUGCAGAAACCUAUUUUAAUAGCUUGAAGGAUCAAGACCGAAAUGAGAAGACAUAUGGUGCUCUUUUGAAUUGUUAUGUUCGUCAGCGUCAAAUCGAUAAGUCUCUAUCUCAUUUGCAGAAAAUGAAGGAGUUAGGGUUUGCUGGGUCGGCUUUAACUUACAACAACAUUAUGUGUCUGUACACAAAUGUAGGACAGCAUGAGAAUGUAGCUGGUGUGCUGACUGAGAUGAAGGAAAACCAUGUUUUACCUGACAACUUUAGCUACCGAAUCUGUAUAAAUUCUUAUGGUGUGAGGUCUGAUAUUGAUGGAAUGAAGAGAAUAUUGGAAGAGAUGGAGAGUCAGCCGCACAUUGCGAUGGACUGGAACACUUAUUCUGUCGUGGCAAAUUUCUAUAUAAAAGCGAAACUUUCAAGUGAGGCUGUUGAUGCUCUAAGGAAAUGCGAAGAGAGGCUAGAUGACAAAGAUGGAGAGGGUUACAAUCAUCUUAUCUCUCUCUAUGCUCGUCUUGGAAAAAAGAAUGAAGUCCUAAGACUAUGGGAUAAGGAGAAAAGUGCUUGCAAUAGGUGCAUAAACAGGGAUUUUAUAACCAUGUUAGAAUCUCUGGUAAAGCUUGAGGUGUUUGAUGAAGCUGACAAAAUACUCAUGGAAUGGGAAUCCUCUGAUAAUUGUUAUGAUUUUGGAGUUCCAAAUGUGGUAAUCACUGGAUACUCUGAAAAAGGUUUUCCUAAGAAAGCAGAAGCCAUACUUGAAGAUUUACAGAAGAAGGGAAAGACUACUAACCCAAACUCUUGGACUCUAGUAGCAGGUGGAUACUUGCAGAAGGGUGAGAUGGAGAAAGCAUUUGGGUGCUUGAAAACUGCCAUCUCUUUGUAUUCGGAGAAUAAAAAAUUGAAGCCUAACCCCAAGGUUAUUGGGGCCCUAUUGUUUUGGAUUGGUGAUAAUGCAUGUGUUGAAGAUGCAGAAGUUUUGGUAAGCUUAUUAAGAAAUGUUGGGGUAAAUCGACAAAUGUAUCAUGCCCUGAUCAAGGCUUAUCUACGAGCUGAUAAAGAAGUGGAUGAGGUUUUGGACCGCAUGAAAAAAGAUGGAAUUAAUGAAAACAUAAAAACUAAAGAAAUAGCAAACAUGAGGAAGGCAUAAAUUUGUAAACAUACUUUCACAUAAUAUAUUCUUAUGCUGCCGAAUCAUACCAUGUUGUAAGUAUGAUUUUAACCUGAGUGUGAAGAGUAACUAUGCUAGUGAAAAUAUGGCUAACUAUUAUGUGCGGGAAUAUAUGACAAACCAUCUUAUGUCGGUCUAAAUCACCAUCUUGUUAGAUAACGAGUUAUUUAGGAGUUUCCAUGAAACUGACAGCAUGUACAACAGAAACCAAGGAUCGCAUGGGCUUAUGAUUUUUAGGUUGAAAAAUACCACAUUUAUAAUGUAAAAAAAGUUCAAAUUGAUCAGUUUAUGAUUA